UGCUUUGUAUUUCUUCAGUGCAAUUAUUAUCUGAAAAGUCGUGAUGGGGUCCAGGUAGCUGCUGCUGCUGCUGCUGGUUGGUGGGAGGAGAUGCUUUCACUGCUCUAAAACAGAGCUCCCCCCCGGCCCAUCCUCUCUCGCUCUCUCUUUCUGUCUCUCUCACAGCUUCAUGAGGCUUCCUGUAAAGGUCCAGACACAGGCUGUGGUUGCAAGUGGAAAAUGUCACUGGGCACUUACAUGACGAGAGAGAGGGGUGAGAAUGAGGAGACAGAGGGAUGAGUGCUACUGACAGAAAGACAAAGAGAGAGAGAGAGAGAGGUGAUUGCUCAAGAAAGAGAGAAAGUGAUGUGUGAGUAUAAGGAAAUAAGGACAGAGAGAUAAAAAGGAAAUUUAAUUUCAUCCAUCCAGUAGAAGGUGACGGUGUGUUUCCUCACAGAGACCCCCUGCUACCUUGACUAACCAAGACUGAUGAGUACGUAAUGAUCCCCUCUGGUCAUAUCAUGGUCAUGGCCAUGAAGAUGCUUUGGUCCUUGUGUCUCCCGGUGGUUCUGUUUUUGGCCCCCGCAGCCCAGUCCCACAAAGGCUCGCAAGGACUCGCCUGUGUAAAUGACUUUGUCAAUAAUGUCAGCUGUACAUGGAACAGCAGCUCCAUCCAUCCUGGUGUGGACUGUUGGAUCUUUGGUGUGAAGACAAUCUGGAUCCUGAAGGACGGAGCAAGACGUGUCAGCUCAAUUAUUCGAAGCUGCCAGCUGAAACCACACAGACACGCUCAGAAAGGCUGCAGUUUUGUUUUUGAAAAUGAAACCUUCACUACUUUUGACAAGAUGCCCAACAUAAGCCUGAAGUGUAACGGCACAUUGGUGGAGAGCCUCAAAGAUUAUAAAGCGUCAGAUCACAUUAAAAUGCAACCCCCAGGUGUUCCCAGUGUCAGCAGGACUCCCAAUGAGACCAGGGUAUCAUGGAGUCCAGGCAGUCCGCACAGUGUCCUCCUCACAUCCUUUGACUUCGAAGUUCAGCUCAGUCAGAACAGCCAGACAUGGAAGGAGGCCCGCACUUUGUCCACACAUGAACAAGAGCUAAGAAUACCUACUUCGCAACUAAAGGGUUACUGCAAGGUCCGGGUGAGAAUCAAACCCGAGGAACAAAAAAACAGCCACUGGAGCCACUGGAGUCCGACAGUAUCCUGGAUGGCAACUUCACAGGAUCAAGAUCGGUUUUCGGGUAAGACAUUUGUGCUAACAGGGGGAACGAUAGUCGGCGUGGGUCUCAUUGUCCUCAUCCUGGUCAUUUACAAGGGCUGCGUGAGCAGGCGCUGUCUCACAGGGAAGCCAGUACCAAACCCAUCCAAGUACUUCCACACUCUCCACGCUGUGCACGGAGGAAAUCUAAAGAAAUGGCUGAAUCCUUUGCCGACUUCGGAGUCAUUCUUCACGGUUCAGCCAUGUGACCCCAUCUCCCCAGUGGAGGUGUGUGAAGUUUGGGACGUGGUCCCCUCCACCUCUUCCUACUCCGGCUCCACCACUGCCUUGCUCCACUUCAGGACUUACCCGUCUGCUGGCUCAGACACUAGCGGGGCUUUUGACAAUUCCUCCUUCUCCUCAUCAUCCUGCUUCUCUAACAGGGGCUACUUCAUGUCCAGCGCCUCCAGCAACACGACGCAGACUGACCACAGUCCUGUCUACUUCACCUAUCAGGAUGAUUUCCAUGAUCUUAAUAAAGGCCACAACCUCCGUCUCUCCCUCUGCCCUUCCCUUGCUGCUUCUCCAGCCUAUGAGAGCUUGAAGAAGGAGCCGCAGAGCCCAGACUCUGGGUUUGGCAUCGGAAAGGAAGACGAAGAGGAAAAGAAAGAUGAAAGGGACACAGAAGGGGAAGAGGUUUCAGAUGAUCACCAGAGCUCUCCUCUUCUCAUCCUCCCUCUUCCUUCCUGGAUGUGCCCUCCCCCCUAUGCUCCACCCCCUCCUCAUCCUCCCAGUGCAACUCAGAUAUCCUCUGAUAGCCACCAGGUGGAUGCACCUGUGGCAGCUGCUAGCGGUAGCUAUACAGCCUGGCCCGUGGCUAGUGCUAUGUGCAGGUCUUCCUCUAUGCCUGUCGAGCCCUGUAAAACAGGCUAUCUCACCCUCAAAGAACUACAGACCACAUUCAGCAACAAAUCCAUCUGAAAACACAGGGUGUAUCUGGAAGAAUCCCUUUGUGAUCGAUUCAAAUUUAAUCUGUGUUUACAUCAAAAGCAACCCGACUGAUUGGCUGUUCUGAUCUGAUUGUGGAGGGGCGCUUCCCUGACAGCAUGGAGUACUCCUGUGCUGCUUUGACAACAAAACAAUUGCAUUUUUACAAAUUCUGUGGUUUUUAUUUAGUAAUUCAUUGUUGUCACUGCUGAAAACAAACACACUGUCAUUAUCACCUACGUCCAGGAGUUCAAAACCUUUAAUCUAAAUCAGAUCCAAUCAGAUUUGGAAGUCCAAAUCCAGGAUCAGACAACUCAGCCACAUUUUAUCUGUAGUUCAAAACAAUUCAGGGUAAGAUCACCCUGAUCCAGAGUAUGACUUUUCAAGAUUACCGGCUCUUGAAUAACAGCGCUGCAAUCCUACCUCCUGGGCCCUGGUUGUUGCAGUUAGCUUGUUAGCAAACAGCUGUUUUUGGCCAGCUAACGAACAUCAGCCAACAUUCACUCUUCUUAUAGCUCUGUUUUAGUCUCACUAACUCCCAGAGGAAAUAUCUGAGCCCUUAGCUGCUAAAUGCUCUACUAUACUACAAGCGAGUCGCUAACUUUUCCUGGUGUUUGGUGUUGGACAUGUAGCGUAGAGUGGGUUUAUAAGAGCUGCUGGAGACAACAAGGUCGCUAAGAGCAGUGUGAGUGAAGUUGUGUGUGUGAAAACCCAAACAUGAAGCUCAAAGAGGCUAAACAGCUACAAACUGGUGACACCUUUCACAUUACAUGUAAUCAUUUAAUCAGUUGUUACUAUCAAAUCUCUGAUUAGAGCAGCUUUAAUAUUUCACAUCGGCCCUAUCGGUAAAUGUAACUUACUGGCUGCUUCUUUCACCACAGGCAAUGGACAGAGCCGUUGCUGGUGUCUUUACAUUCUGGUAUUAGUUUUGCAGCAUAUGCUGUAAUCACUGCUAUAAUAAUCAGAAUUUGAUUCAUUUUGCUUAGUAAGAAGAGAAACUGUCCCGAAAUUUAAAAACCUAUGCAGGUUAAAUAUCAGUUUACAGCCUGACACAGCCCGGCAUGUAUGAAUCAGUGUCACUGCAUUCAGAGUCAUGUACAGUCAUGCAUAUGUACAGUAUUUUGAAACUCAUAACGAGUACCUUAAACUCUUUAUUGUGUAGUUUCAAUUAGCUUUAUUUGUAUAACUUGUAGCACUGCAGGUCAUGAAAGCAUUACUUUAGUCAGUUAUUGAUCACUGUCUAAAAAACAUAAGACAUGCAGUUUUGGAAUUUGCUUUUUGUUACUUUAACUUGUAUCUUACAAAGGUAUACACUGAUCAGCCAUAACAUUACGACCACCUGCCUAACACUGCACACACAGGAGUCAGU